AUGGGAGGAUUGUCGGAAGGCCAGGAGGAGGAGGGCAUCCGGCUGACGGUGGCGGAGACGCGGUGGGUGGACGGAAGCGAGGUGGAUUCGGCGUCGCCACCGUCGUAUCUCGUCGGAGAUGGAGAGGAGGAUUCGGAUCUCUGGGAGAGAAGCGAAGGGGAGAGGAUGCCCCUACGAAGGCGGCUCAUCAGGAAGGUUAAGAGAGCUGACUCGUUCGACAAGGAGGCGAUGGGCAUAGGCGACGAUCACAAGUACCGACAGAAGGUUUGAUGGUUAAUUUGAAGUCUGAGAGCUUGCUUCCUGUCCCGCAUGCCGAAUUUUCGACGUUGCCCAAGUGUUUUUAGGUUCGACUGAUCGUAUAAGGCUUUAGGCAUCCAAAUCCUUGGGUAAUUUUUCUUCUUGCAGAUUUCUCAGAGGAAGAUUUUAGAUCCGUCUCAACCGGUCUUAUUUUUCCAUAAGUUUAUGUACAUUCCAUUAUGGUUUAUUUUUUCUUGAUUUGCAUUCUUCAACUGGAAAUUUAAUGACAGAUUUUUAUGACAUAUUGACUGCAAAAUUUACUCAUAUAUUUAAAAAAAUGGAAUCAGGGAAAUUUUGGUCUUCUGAAUUUUAUUUAUUUAUUGAGAUCUUCAAUUUCUGCAUUGAAAGAUAUAUAAUAUCAAAUUAUAAUAUAGGGUUCGCUACAGGCUUAUUUUUUCUCAUUUCACUGUGGGUUUCUCCUUGUUAAGAAUAUAUAUUUUUAGGCAGGAACUCCCAUACCCAUUUACAUAAAAGGAGACGGAGAACAUGAAAUCGAUACUCGUGUGAACAUUUUUCUCUACUUCAUUUUAUUUUAUUAAAGUAUAUCUAUAUUCACUUCAUCUGGGCUUUAAUGGUGGAUUUUUUGUGCUGAGAUGUCACAGAUCGUGCCAAAUAUUCUGAUAAUGACAGACGUAUCAAAACUGAAUGACACUUUGCACUCUUUUAUUUAUCAACAUUCGUAGUUAAAAUAAACUAUAAUCUUUCAUGAUCAGUUCCUUCUGUCUGUUCUUUAACAUGAAUAAUGGGUCUCAGGAUCUAUCUGUCUGGGAGACGCUGGCCAUGGCUUUUCAAACUCUUGGCGUGGUCUAUGGAGAUUUGGGCACAAGUCCUUUGUAUGUCUUUGGCGAUGUGUUCAGAAAGGUGCCAAUAACCUCUGAAGUUGACGUUUUGGGUGCUCUAUCACUGGUUAUGUACACCAUAGCCCUCAUCCCCUUUGCCAAAUAUGUUCUUAUAGUGCUUAAGGCUAAUAACAAUGGAGAAGGUAUAGCUGCUGGGCUGCCCACUUGUUCUUACUUUGCCCAUCCAUCCACUUUUUCCUGAAUAUAUUGAGAUGGAGAUGGGGAGAGAACAUGCUUUAGAUUCUAAUCAUCUUUCUUGAUCGCAGGUGGUACAUUUGCCUUGUAUUCGCUGAUAUGCAGGUAUGCUAACGUUCAUCUGCUUCCUAAUCGACAGAGAGCUGAUGAGAAUAUCUCCAGCUUUCGGCUCAGGCUGCCCACACCAGAGCUAGAAAGGUCUCUGAACAUAAAAUCUAUCCUAGAAAGAAGGUCUUCCUUGAAAACAGCCCUCCUGCUUUUGGUUCUCACGGGGACUUCCAUGAUCAUUGGGGAUGGUAUUUUCACUCCGUCAAUAUCCGGUAUUCCUUCACCUUUCCUCCUUGUCCUCUCUUUCUCUCUCUCUCUCUCUCUCUCUCUCCCUUCUCAGGGUUCUUCUUCCUCGUGGUGCUUGUUCUUGCUAGAAUCCUCAUUGAUUAUUUUCCCAAUGCAGUAAUGUCCGCCGUCAGUGGCCUGCAGGGUGCAGUUCCUGGGUUCUCGACAAGUAAGUAAAGCUCUCACCCAAUCCUUCCGGCACCUCUCAGCAUUCCCAAUCCCACUGAUUGCUCAAUGAAUCAUUUAUAGAUUUCCAUCCCGUUCUUUGCAACUUCAGAUGAAUAGUCUCUCUCAUCCAGUGCCCCUAGCCGCCCCCCAUGCACCUCAAUUUCCCAUAUCUCUGCAAAAUAUGUGAUGGGGUGUAAAUUGUUUCCCGUUUCAAAAAAAAUUCCGUUUAUUUCCUUCAAAAUGACCGCUGGAUAUUCCAUCCCCAGAUGCUCUUGUCCUGGUCUCUAUCAUAAUUCUUGUGGGAUUAUUCAGCAUCCAGAGGUUCGGAACCAGCAAAGUUGGCUUCAUGUUCGCUCCACUCCUGGCUCUCUGGUUCCUCAGCUUGGGUUCCAUUGGCGCAUACAAUUUGGUAAAAUAUGAUAUCCACGUUCUCAAGGCAUUCAACCCCGCUUACAUCUACCUCUUCUUCAAGAAAAACAGUAGGAAGGCGUGGUCCGCCCUUGGCGGCUGCGUCCUCUGCAUCACAGGUACCAUUCAUGACAUGCAUGAAACUCGCCUAUUUUUAGAAAAAUAUCCCAGAACGAGUAACAAUGGAUAUAUGGUUUCAGGGGCCGAGGCGAUGUUUGCUGAUCUUGGCCAUUUCUCGGUGACAUCCAUACAGGUGAUUCUCUUAGCUCCCUCCAUUCUCGUCCUACGAUGUGUCUAGCGAGAGGCACUAAAAAUGACUCCUUUAUGAGGUUUGACUUCGCUUUCCCGGCAGAUUGGCUUCACCUGCGUAGUUUUUCCAUGCCUUCUUCUGGCAUAUAUGGGUCAAGCGGCAUAUUUGACGAAAAACCCAAAUUCAGGAGAGAGAAUUUUCUAUGAUUCUGUCCCAGGUGAACCCAAAGUUUUCCAGAAAGCUUAAUCAUAUUUUUGUAAUGAUCCGAAGGAUAGAUAUGUUUCCAAUUGUCAAUUUUUUUGAUGGCUCAUAUGGAAAUUUUGAUGGGCAGAGGUCCUCUUCUGGCCAGUGUUCGUGGUGGCCACUCUGGCAGCCAUGGUGGCCAGCCAGGCCAUGAUAUCUGCGACAUUCUCCUGCGUGAAGCAGGCCAUGGCGCUCGGCUGCUUCCCAAGGCUUAACGUAGUCCAUACCUCUCGGAGGCUGGUGGGCCAGGUGUAUAUACCAGUAAUAAACUGGUUUCUGAUGAUUAUGUGCAUAGUUGUCGUGGCCGCCUUUGGUGGGACCAUCGAUAUCGCUAAUGCAUAUGGUAAGCUGGAUUCCUCCAUCGCUGCUUUUGUUUUUUCUGUUUUUUCCAAUGUUCUUUGUCUGUGUUCAUGGGUACCAAUGGGUUUGGUGAUGUGAGACCCAGAGUAUGUCUGGCCUGAUGAUCAGCUUCUUAUUCUACCCUCUCUCUCUCUGUCUCUCUCUCUCUCUCUCUCUCUCUGCACCUCUGGUUUCCAAAGACCUCACCUUUCUUCUUGCCCCCUGAUUCUUAACCCCCCUGCAAGCAUGCCCUGUAGUUCUCUUCGAAUGGAUUGGCAGAGAAAGUAGGGUGUGGUGUGUCUUCGGUCUUCAUCUGCAAGAAAAAACGUUUCCAAAUUUAUUGGAGAAGCUCCAACACCGCUUACCCUGCUCCGAUUUCUAAUCCCAGGUGUUGCAGAGGUGGGCGUGAUGCUGAUCACCACCAUCCUCGUGACCCUGGUCAUGCUUCUGAUAUGGCAGACCAGCCGGCUCCCCCUCAUCUGCUUCCCCGCCAUCUUCGGCACCGUGGAACUGAUCUACCUCACGGCGGCGCUGACCAAGGUGGCGGAGGGAGGGUGGCUCCCGCUCGCCGUCGCCGCCAUCUUCCUGGGCAUCAUGUACUCCUGGAGCUACGGGAGCGCCCUCAGGUACGGGACCGAGGUGAGGGAGAAGAUCACCAUGGAAGCCAUGCUCGGGCUCGGUCCUUCUCUGGGCACCGUCAGAGUCCCCGGCAUCGGCCUGCUCUACAGCGAGCUUGUCCAGGGGGUCCCGCCGGCGCUGGGAAGGUUCCUGUGCGGCCUGCCGGCCAUCCACUCCACCGUCAUCUUUGUCUGCAUCAAGUGCGUUCCCGUCCCGGCCGUCCCGCCGGAGGAGCGCUUCCUCUUCCGGCGAGUCUGCCCGCCGGCGUACCACCUCUUCCGCUGCGUCGCCCGCUACGGCUACAACGACGGCAGCAGCGGUGGCGGCGGCGGGGAGGAGGAGGAGGGCCACCGGGGCUUCGAGCGGCUGCUGGUGGAGAGCUUGGAGACGUUCCUGCGGCGGGAGGCGGAGGAGGCGGCGCUGGAGCUGAGCAUCUCCGGCGACCCAUCUGGCCAAAGAGCGGCGGGGCCACCGGAGAUGGUCGCCGGGCUGGAAGAGGAGCUGGGGGCGCUGAGGGAGGCGACGGAGUCUGGGUUCACCUACCUUCUCGCUCAUGGCGAGGUGAGGGCGAGGAACCAGGCCUGGUUCCUAAAGAAGCUCGCCGUGAACUACGUCUACGCGUUCUUGAGGAGGAACUGCAUGGCGGGGGCGCCGAAUCUGAGCGCUCCCCGGGUGAACACGAUCCGAGUGAGGAUGACCUACAUGGUUUGA